AAUUUCAGAGUUUGACAAGUGAAAGGUCUCUCUGCGUGAACAUGAUGAUGCAGCUCAGGAACCAGUUGUCAAAGAGAGCUGCUUCAUUAUUUGAUGCUUUUACACAAAGCACCAGCUUUUCAACUGCCAGGCAGAAUUUUUCUGCUAAAGGAAGAAGUGGUGGCCAGAUAUAUGCUCCUCUUUCUAUCUAUAAAGGCAAAGCUGCACUCUCUCUGAGUCCUAUUCUCCCAACAUUCACCAAAUUGGAAUCUGGAAGUGUUGUAGUUGAGCGACGGGGUUCUGUGAUGUUGAAGUUCAUGCCUGCAAUCGGAGAGCGCAAAUAUGACUCGGAGAAGAAACAGUUGUUUGCUUUAUCGGCAACAGAAGUUGGGUCUCUAAUCAGCUUGGGUCCCAAAGAUUCCUGUGAAUUAUUUCAUGAUCCCUCAAUGCAAUCAAGUAAUGCUGGUCAAGUGAGGAAGAGCUUAUCGAUCAAGCCACAUGCAGAUGUCUAUUUUAUUUCUUUGACUGUGGUCAACAACCUACUGAAAACCAGAGAGAGUUUCUCGGUUCCUGUCACAACUGCUGAAUUUACUGUGAUGAAAACUGCUUGCAGUUUUGCACUCCCCCACAUCAUUGGUUGGGAUCGGUUGACAAAUAAGGGGCCAAGAGGCACCGAAGUGCAGAAAUCAGAGAUUGCGGAACCACAACUUCUGGAUGAAUGGGAGAGAUGAAGGCAAACUGAAUCUGGUCUUGAUCAAGCUCAAGCUCAAGGAACUUGGAUUUGCAGGAUUGUCUGCUCAGUGUACUUAACGUAUAGAAUGUAUUUGAGCUGUUGCCAAAAUCUUAUAUUAGUAUUUUCUGCUGCUGCUUUACGUAAAACUAGUAGAGAACUAGCUGGAGCUGCUAACUGCCUAGAGUUGAGUAGCAGCAGCUAAUCUUGUCUGAGUUUGUUUUCGACUCAGUUGCUUACGGCUUACAAGUUGGUUAUUGAGAAACCAAAUUUGGUCUGUCAUCAGUGUCAUGGUCUAAAACUAUUUUAACGGAGCAUGAUUCGUG